CGUCCAAGAUCUGAUUCUAUUCGAUUCGUUUCGAUUCUGAGCUGAGCAGCAGCAGCAGGAGGAGGAGGAUCCAACGAUGAGCUGAUCGAUUGGUGGUUGCUCAUGGGCGGCGGCGCAUCCAUGUUGGAUGAGGAAGCGCGCAGGAUCUGAUCGCAUUCGGGUCCCCGCCGCGCCCUCGCCGCCGGAGGAACCUGCCGUCCCUAUGCCACACGUUGGGGCCCGCCGCUCCACGCGCGUCUUCGUGCCCAAGACGCCCAGGCCUCCUCAGCCUUCGGAUCCUGCCAGGGUCCUCCGAUCCGGCAAGCGCCUCGGCUUCUCCGAAUCCCCCGCCGAUGCCCACUGGUUCCACUGGGACACCCGCAAGCCCAAGAAUUGCUUCCAUGUCGAUGACCACCAACGCCAACAUCACAAGGACCCCAAGCCGCCUCCCCCGCGCACAGGGUCCUUCGGGAUCGUCUACAGCAGGAAGCGCCGCCGUCGCCCCCCUGAGCCCAAGGAGAACACCAGGUUUGCGAUUGUGUUCUCCAGAAAGAAUAAGCGACCAAAAGUCGCUCCUUUUCGGCAACACUCCCCCAACGACCUUGCCACCAUUCCAUGCUCCUCGUCCAGGGAGUUCGCCACAAGGACUGGCUUCUUGGAUUCCCAUUUCUACACCCUGGUGGAUUGUAUUCAGACUCAUACUGAGGCUGUGAUGCUCAUUGUCCUUGUGGAUUCAUCUUGCUCUGGGAGCUCUCAGCACUUCUUGCGCCUUCUCCUUCCUGUGCUGCGGUGGAUGCGUCGCUGCCGACGGGGCAAGGUCCGAAACCUUGCCUCCUUUCUCUCCUCUGAUGCUGUCGCCACUGCAUUUGCAUUGCAUGGGUUGCAUUUUGUCCAGCUCCAGUGCCACACAGACUGCGCAUUAUCACAGAGGACUUUGGUGCAAUGUGGGUGGUGUGAGCUUCGCAGCGCCAAGGAUUCUGAACCAUUGUUGUCUGUCAAUUUCUUGGCAGUCCCUUCUUACUUCCAGACGUUGCACUUGUUAAUGGCUAUUGAGUCAAUGUAUCUUCCAGCUGUGAUUCGUCAAAGAAUGCAUUUGGCUGGUGGUGCUGAAGAAAUUUAUCCUCAUACCCUGUUGAACGAGGAUUCUGAAUCUCUGAGCACUGUGGAUGCUCAGCCUGCUGUUGACCUGUGCAGAAACAAAAAUUGCAGCAUGGUUCAAGAUUAUGUGCCCCUUGAAGAGGUUGCAGGAGUGGUUGUCCAUGGUGUGAGGCUAAAGAAGCAUCAAAGGAAGAGAAGCUCUAUGCGUCAUCCCCUUAGUCAGGAGCGUCUUGCUGCAAGAUUUCCUGACAAAGUAGUUGCAAUGAAGCAGACUGCUGUGGCUAGCCAGACAGAAGUGGGUGCACCACCCUCAGCUAGUCAGGAGCUUCUACUGGAGCCUCUCAAACCCAAAGCAGCACUGGAAAUUUCUCUUGAUUUGCUUGAAAACAUGGAUGAUAGUGAUGUUUCAACUCCUAUAGGAUCAAAUGGGAAGCAAAAGAGGUCUUCUUUGAAAAGUCCCAUUGAGCGCAUGAAUGAAAGGUUGGCUUUGGCUGAGGUUAGACAGAAUAUAGAUUCUGUUCACUGCAGAGCAAACCUCUUAAUUAUUCAACCUGAUAGGUGCUGGAGGGAAGAAGGUGCUGAAGUUCUUCUGGAACCAUCUGGUUCAAAUGAAUGGUGUAUAGCUGUGAAGAUACAUGGCAUUAACAGAAUCUCUCUCAAGCCUUCGGAACAUAGGUUUUAUGUUGUUAACCGUUUCACCCAUGCCUACAUUUUGGCAGUUGAUGAUGGAUUGAAGCUUGAGUUCUCUGAUAAAUGGGACUGGCUUUUGUUUAAGGAGUUGCAAAUUGAGGGUCGGGAGCGCAAUUCCCAGGGAAAGAUGAUACCAAUUCCUGGUGUGCAUGAGAUUUCUGAUGACAUGGGAGUGAUUGUAGCAUAUCCCUUCUCACGCCCUUUGCCAGACUAUAUCAGAAUGACGGAUGAUGAGGUUGGGCGAGCUCUCUCGAAGGACUGUGCAUAUGAUCUGGACUCUGAGGAUGAACAGUGGCUCACUCAGUUGAGUCAUUCAGAGUCUGAUAGAGAAAGCUCACAGCUGAAUCAUAUUUCUUAUGAAGAUUUUGAAAAAAUAAUUACCACGUUUGAAAAGGAUGCUUUCAACAACCCUGAAGGAACUAGUGAUGUGAAUCAGAUUCUUUCCAGAUGUCCUACUUUGGAAAAGGACCAUAAUGUCCUUGCUGUGUAUGAAUAUUGGAUACACAAGAGAUAUAAGAAAGGUGCACCAUUGCUAAGGAUAUUGCAGGGUGCAACACUAAGACGAGGACAACUGUCACAAAGAUCUAUUAAGAAAAGAAGAUCUUUUAAGAGACAAAGAAGCCAAACUGGCCGUGGAAAACCUGAAAUAUUCUUGCAAGACAAUGCUGUUGAAGAGGAGGCUUUGCGGAGAGUUGUGGAAGCCGAGCGUGUGGCAAAACAGGCAGGAGAAACAGCCGUUCGUCUGCGCAGUAGAGCUCAGUGUCUCAUGGCAAAGGCGGAGCUCGUGACAUACAAAUCUGUCAUGGCCUUAAGGAUUGCUGAGGCUGCUAGGAUAUCUGACUCGUCACGGGAUCUUGUUUUGACGACCCUCGACAGCCCGACGACUAGUUAAGAAUGUGAGAUAUUAACUGAUUUGUGUAAAGAGCAGAGCAUGGCCAAUGGUUUGUUUUCCUCCUUUGUUGCAUCAUUGCUACGUGAUAAUAUUAUUGGCUUCUACAAGGCUAAGCUGCGGGCCGUGGGUCUUCUUUUUUCCUGCCCCACCUGUUUUAACAUUGUUAUGGCGGAUGGUUGAACUCAAAACUGUAAUUUCUUGUGUAAAUGAUAGUGGUUAGUUAGAUUAUGUAUCUUUUCUGUAGCCAUGUUUUGAAAGAGAUGAACAAAUUAAAAGUAAAAAAGAAAAUCAAGAGGAAGGUAAAACGGAUCUACUAAGUU